AUGUCUCAUUCGACGGGGCCCGCUGUUCCGAUUCCGUCGCUUGGGGGCACUACAGCAGAGCGCCCGCCUCAGAGCCGAGGUAGUCUGCCGGCUGUCAUCUAUUCGACCAGCCCCCAAGCUGCAGCCACGGCACACCUGUCUUAUCCACCGGCUCCGUAUUCAAGACAGCCACAACCUGGCUACCCGCCGUCGUUCCCCAUCUCCACGGGCGACACGAACGAGGGUAACCUCGGCAACCACGCUGCCACGGCGGCAUCGUCACUGACGCCGUCCGGUUCGUACGUCUCCGCGGCCAUGACUAGCCCGUCGCCAGCCUAUCCUGAGUACGGCGGGUAUUCGCAGCCGCAGCACGUGGCACUGACGCUGCCGCCGCCACCGCCUCACCAGCAGCGGAGCCCCAACGCGUAUAUUCCGCGCGAGGCGGCGCGUGAGGAGGUCGUGGGCGAGGCCAUCGCGGCCACCUCGCAGCACUGGUUGCAAACGCAACUAAAGCGGGAGACAGAGAGGCGGCACGAGCAGCUGCACGGUAGGGUCCAGGAGUCGGCGCACCGCGUCCACGAGGGGCAAAACGACGGCGGCCGUUACGUGCGAGAGAACGCUGCUCGGCAUCCGUCGACUGCAGGUGGGGCCGCCGCGAGUGGCGGCACGACGUCGUUUACGCUCUCUCACGCGUCUCAGCGGCAGCACGUAGAGUUCCUGAUCGGCUCACCCUGCCAUGUGAAGAGGCUUGUGCUCCUCUUCUUCUCCACGCUGUUCGGCGUCCUUCCUCUCAUGUCCACGUUUGCCUUCACGACGCUGCUUUGCGGGGUGGUGCUGCUGUACAUUUCCGACUAUUUGGGCUACCAUCGUAUCACCGUCUUAGUCCUGCUCGGCACCGCCGGCGUGUUCUCAGCGACGCUUCUCAUCUCUAACAUUCGCGCGGCGGCCACGUCAUUUGGCCCCAUGCUGAUGAUCGCGGACUUGGGCGGCGUUCUCAUGGUUGUGGUGGCGGCCGCAAUCCAGCACUUUCGCUGGGUGCAGGAGACGUUUCCGAAUGUCCUAUGCGCGCUGGAGCGAUUCGUGUUCGCGGUUGGUCCUGUGCUCUGCCUGCCGCCGCUGCUGACGACGAUCACCGGCCUCGCCGGCUCCCGCCGCGCGCCUUUUCUCUUCUUUGUCGCUCUGUGCACGCUGCACCACUUCUUCUACUGCCCCCUCAAAAGCAGCUUUCUCGUGCUGGUGUCCCCAGGGAGUGCUGCUGGCGCCGCGGCGGCGUCGGUGCAGCCAGAUCAGCAGCAGCAGCAGCAGCAGCACCUGCAGUCGGAUGCCAUGAGGGAUGCCGGGGCCCACGCGAGACGGAGGGUCGCCGGUGACGGGGAUGGUCAGGCGAAAGAUGCGCACGCGGGUGGCGACGGCGCCGGCGGCGUUGAUGACGCGGCGUCUGUCGACUCCACCUCGUCUACCUGCGGCGCGCCAAUGCAGUUGAACGAGCAGGUGGAGGCACUCGUCUUCAGCUGCCUUGUUUUGCUCCUCCCUGUCGCCGUGUACAACGCCUUCCAGAGCAACUGGGCAGACCACGCGGUUGCGAACGUGCUCAACUCGGUCGGCCUUGUCUGCGGUGGCAUCGCGUACUUCUGCAUUUGGCCACUGCACAGCCUCUGGUUCCUGGCGUCGCCGCCGGAAGAGACCUACUCGCUGUUGCAGCAGCUCGAAUACGACCCGCUCGGGCUUCUUGACCUCGUCGCGGCCUUCCGCAUUCCCGUGCUGGCCACCGUCUCUAUCGUUGGGGUGCAUUGGGGCGCCUACCGCCUCCUCAACUCGCGCUACUCGUACCUGUUCUCGGGCGUUGCCUUCCCUUUCAACGCCAUUCUGCUGCUGAUCGCUUUCUACAUCACCGUGUACGUCGGCAUCGAGAUCAAGUGGCUCCUUGACGUUGACAGCCGCGGCGGUGACGUGACGAAGGGCAAGUAUCUGCUGCGGCGCAUGCCGGUGCUGCUGGGCAGCUGCGUGGUGUCCGUCAUUCUGUGCGUCUUGACGAGUGCACCGGGUGUGCUCUACUUCCCUAGUGUGCUCUCCAUCAUCGCCUUUAACGUGUUCCUCAUGGACCGCACGAACGGUGGCCCGAUGUUCACCUUUACCGUCUUCACUAGCUUGAUGCUACUGUGGUGGAUGUACCGCACCUACUCCUUCAUCGUGAUGGACCUGCGCGUUUUCGGUGAGACGACGGUAGUGCCAACGCCGGUGCUGGGGGUGAGCGUGCUGUGGUGCUACGUGCUCGGCUGCAUGAGCUUCACCCUCUCCUUCUCGCCGAGCAAGGCACCGGUGACGAUCGCUCUCUUUCUGCUUGCGCUGCAGCUCACCUUCGUUGAGCACGUCCUCUACUCGCAGAACGAGGAGGGCGCCUACCCGGCGGUGCUUGUCGUGCUCACGAGUGCGGUGGGCGUUGCCGUGGCGUGCCGCAUGUACAGAAACGGCGCUCUGACGGUGUACUCGGCGGUGCUCAUCUCGUCUUGCUUUGUGGCCAAGCUCUUUACUUUUCUGGUCGAAGUGACGAGUGCCUACUACGCAGCGGAGCUGACUGUGCGUGAUGGGAUGGAGACGGCCCGCGCGUAUCUCCUCAUGGCCGAGAUCACGGGCGGGUGGUGGGUCGCCCUCUUCGCCGGCUACCUCGUCGCCUCAUUCGAGAUUGAGCGCCGCCGUCGCAUCAAGAUGGAAGCAGCGAAGAGGAUGCUUUACACAUACGCCACCCUGGCGCUGCUGCUGUCUCUGCUGACGAUCCGCAAUGUGCAGCGCGCUGCCUACGAGUUUGUUACACAGAACUACGUCGCAGAGUCGGAGCUGCUUCACAUUGCCGCCGGCACGUGCUGUGCGACCUACGCGCUUCUGACGAUGCCCGUGUGGUGGCGGCUGAAGAGCCGCUACCCGGCGGUGUUCCCGCUUCGCGCUGUUUCCCGCUGCACGGCGCUGUUGGGAGUGGUCCUGCUAGCCCUGCAGCCCACCCGCGUGGUGGAGGCGGAGGUGUCCGACUUCGACUACGAUUUCGAGUACGCCGACAGAGGCCGGUGCGCGGCGGCCGUCGGCCUCAUGAUGCUGCUUGGUGCCCGGGCCUCAUUUCUGCAGUGCAUCCCGUUCGCUGGCCGCUUUGUAUACUGGCUCGCGACAGCCGCGUCGUUGUCGCUCGGCAUCACCGGGCUCGUGCAGGCCGCUCCGACCUUCAACUUCUUCAUCAUGAUGCUAUGCUUCGUCUUUCUGAUUCUCCUCAUGAUCGAUGUGGUGCACUAUCGCGAGGUGAGCGGCACCGUACUCGUUGGAGUGUACGGCCUCUCCAUUCUUACGAUCCCGUUAUCUUUCCUGCAGCUCAACCGGUCUGUCGCGGCGCAGCAGGAGAAGCUGUACUACUUGCCCAAUCGCCUGACGAUGCUGUGGGAUAUGUACGAGCAGGGAAGUCUGCGCCUCCUGGCGGUCAUCGUCGUCAUGUACCUGGGCUUGUCAGUAAUGAUUAACUGCCGCCUGAGAGGGCGGCCGCUGCUCCCCAAGUGCCGUGAGAUCAGCCACGAGGCCAGCCUGCCCCUUGGCUUCAUCGCCAACUUCUCGACGGAGCUGUCUGUGGCACUGCUGUGCGCCAUCAAUUUCUUCGGCAACGACAGUGAGCCAACCUUGUACGUCCUGUCCUCGCUUCUUCUGCUGCUCUUCGUGGAUGACGAAGUCAUUUUCUUUGGGCUCAAGGAGCACCACUUCCGCUACUUCGCUCCCACGGCAUGUUCCUUGACACUGCUGUGGCUGUGCACCAUGUGGAACGCGUGGCGCAUGGCGGCACCACAGGGUCUUCUUUCGCAGCUGAGGCGGGAGACGUGGUCAUUGGUUCAGGCCUCUGUCACAUUGCCGGCCCAGAUCUCGCUGCUGGUGCUCUUGUGGAAAGGGCGCAAGAUGGGCAGCUCUCCCGGCUUCGUUGUCAUUGGCUCGGUGCUGCUGAACCUGGCGUGCCUGCUGCUUGUGUCAGACAAGGCCGUGCAGUGGAUGGCAAUUGUUGGCAUCUUUGGCCAGUGCGCACGUAUUUUCGAAACGCAACUCCAGCCCACCACCUUCACACGGCGCCGUCACCACAGCGCCUACUAA